AGAAAUCGAAACUUUUAGAGAUAGAAACUAAGCAAAUCUAAAAACCCAGCGAAAAUUCCAGAGAGAGAAACAAGAAAAUUUCAAAAUUUUAAGGAAAAUAGUUUGGGAAAAGUUCCUUUGAUUUGCACGAGCAGAGAAGGAUAUUACGAUUUUAAUCUGUCAAUUUAAGUUGUUCGUUGGUUUGUGCCGGAGUUUCGUUUUUGCCCCAAGUUUCUGUUUUUUUUUUUAAAAAAAAAAAUCUUCCAAAUUAAUUUCGAAUUUCGCAAUUCAAACGGUUAAUUUUCGAUCUUUAGUUCGUUUUCGGUUGUGCUUUUGUUUGGAUAUUUUUGUUAUAGAAAAUUUUUGGUUUAAAAAAAAUGAAUGAGCAAGGAUCGAUAAUGAAUCAGCAGCAGAUGGUGAAUCCACCGCCACCGAUGAUGAGUGCACCGCCGCCGCAAUUGAUGAAUCCGCAGCAAUCACAAGCGCCGCAGAUGCUCAUGAAUCCACCUCAACAGCAGCAGCUGCCGAUGAUGAAUCGGAGCUAUGGAAUGUGGGGCCCGCAUACGCAGCCCAUGGAUCUUCAGCUGAAAUUCCAAAACCCUAACCCUAAUUCUAUGAAAACUCAAGGUGUUGGGUUUGUUUCUGGGAAUAAGGGUCAGUCUAAGCAUCCGUUUGGGCCGCGGAAUAAUUGGAAGGGGAAAAAGGUGAAUAAACCUGACAAGAGAAAGGAUUCGGGUAGGAGAAUGGAUAACCCUCUGUCAAUGGUUGGUGGUAGUAGUAGUGGUGUUGGGGGUAUUCUUGGUAGUGUUCCUGGAAAUGUCGGUGGUGGAUAUCAGCCUCCUAAUUUGAAGGAUUUGCAGCAUCAGAAUAGGGUGAAGGCCCGGAAGUUUUUUCCCAAGAAGUAUUAUAACUACAAUAACAACAAGAAUAGUUACAAUAGGGGUAAAUUUGCUCCAAGGAACACAACAUCCUACAUAAUUCGUGCAAAAAAGAGUGGAGGAAUUGCAGAAUUGGUUUCACCAUGCCCUGUAACUCCAGCUGUUCUGCCUACUCCAAUAUUUUCACCUUCAAGGGAGGUCUUGGUUGACAUGGCCAAGGAGGAAUGGGGUGUUGAUGGCUAUGGAUCCAUGAAGGGUCUGAUUAGGCUUAGGUCUCCAGGGCACGAGGGUGAGGGACAUGAGGAGGAGGAGGAGGAGGAGGGAGGAUCCAGUGAGAGUGAUGUGGAGGAGCAUGUGGAGGUAGAAAGGAGGUUGGAUCAUGAUUUGAGCCGGUUUGAGAUGAUUUAUCCAAAUUAUGGGACUGCUGGUGGGGUGGAAUAUAAUAAUGUUUUGGAGAACCGGGUGGAUGAUCAGGAUACCCACAUAGCACAACUUGAAGAAGAGAAUUUAAUUUUGAAGGAGAGGCUGUUUCUGAUGGAGAGCGAGCUGGGGGAUCUGAGGAGGAGGUUGCAAUGUUUGGAGAGACAGAGUCGUAGUGAAGAUAUUAAUGAGGAGGUGGUAGAGAAUUCGUCUGAGAAUGAGAGUGAGAGCCGUGGUGGAGCACAUUCACUUGAGGACAAUAAUGAGGAAAUGGUAGAAGUAAAUGUGGAAGGAGGCAUGGAUGCAAAAGUCAAGGAACAUUUUAUUCUGGAUGGGAAGGAUGAAGUCUGUAAGAAUGAGGAUAGCAUUACAGAAAUUAGAGUUCAAGAAGAGAAAAAAGGCGAAAUCAAAGUUAAGUGUGUGCCAGAGGAUGAACAGAGUAGUGAUGAGCUUCAGGUUGAUGUAUUGAAGGACUAUCAUGUUUGUGCUGAAGCACCAGAAAAUAUCCCUGCCGGAGAUGUUUGUAUGGUUGAGGUUGCACACACUGGGAAAGGAUUUGUUGAAGAGAAGCAGUCUAAGCAAGAAGCAGGUGAAAGUGAAGGCUUGGAGAAGAGCAUUGACGAAGGGGACUUGACUGAUUGUCCCUCGUUAAUCAAAGACAGGAUAAUUCUUUCAGAUGGCAGUUGAAUGUGAUUUGGAAUUGAACUGGAGGAAGGUUCAAAUUGCCAGCAAUACUGAUGCUUGGCCAGGCAGAGAAUGCCAGAUCUCGUCUGAUGAGUUACCCUGGAGGGCUGGAUAUCGUCGUACCUCCUUUCUUUUACCGGUAUACUUUCAAUUCCUGUAGAUGUCAGUUCUUAACUUGUUUUAACACGCGUCCUUGUUUGGUACUGAUAGCCAGUUGGAACAAGAUUGGAUUUAUGCAAAACUAGUCGACGGGAAGAGAGGUCGAAGGUAAACAUCAGAACGAUGCUAUUGCAGAAGGUGUGGCAUAAAGUAAUUUCUUUUUCAAGUUGGGUGCAAGUCUAGCCCUCUUGUACAUUGGUACCCAGAUUUAUUGGAAACACAAUGUAGAGUUAAAGCCUCUCGAAAGGAAAAAAGGUAGUGUUGAGUUUGUGGUGGAAUUGAUAGGAAAUGUCUCCUUGUACAUGGAUGGAACUGAUAGGGAGCGUCUCCUUGAACAUUGGAAGUGGCAUUUCGCCCGCAAUCUCCUCUUGUUUUUGUUGUGGUGGAAAAUUAACUAGGUAGGUUGUAACGUGGAUUAUUAUUUCAGGUUUUCAGCGUUGGAUGAAUUUGGCCUUUUGCCUGAAAGAGCAGAACUCGGAUAUCAUCAUAAUACACAGCUGAAGAUUAGAAACUGUUGGCGAGAUUACUAAGUUUGAUUGUACCAUUUAUAGCUCUAGGAUAUAAGAGGUGUGCUAGAUUUAGGAUAUUUGUUAAUGGUAGGUUGGCUGCCAGCCUCCUGUUUGAUUUUUUUCAUCCUUAGAGGGCCUCUCUCUUUCAUUAGCAAGGUUUGCUGGCCUUUGGUAUCGUGUGAAAUUUUUAGUGCAGAUUUUUAGGUGUUUCACAGAAGUAAACAGUUGCACCCUGUCCUCUUUUUUUUC